CUGUUUGAGAGGAGAAUGAAGCCGAUCGAACAUUCGGUACUCUUUUUUCAGUAUCAGCUAUUUCUAGUAGAAUCAAUAUUGACUCUGCAUAGACAUAACUCUUGGUCGUUCCAACUCAGCAAAGAUAGCAAACGAGUGAUACAUGGCUGCCUUCAGCUAGUCGGAGCUCUGUUUGUCAUCGCAGGUACUUUUCUUGCAUUGACAGAAGUGAACAUGGUGAUCGAUACGGCCCAUGGAAUUUGUGGUGUGAUCGCGUUGAGUUUCACCAUCAUAAGUUUCAUAUCCGGGGUCAUAGCAUUAUUCUCUUCAAAAGUACGCUUACUGAUCAAGAGUGGGCCUGUAAAAAUUUUCCACAUAGCCGUCGGUAUGUUUGCGGUUUCUAUGGGUCUUAUCACUAUGAUAAUGGGAUUUAAUAUGGAAUAUUUUGCCGCAACACAGGGAGGGCUUUCAACAGCACUUAUGUCUUUUGCUCGGCGUUAUGAUACUAGAACAACAAUCUUCUCACCUGAAGGAAGAUUAUAUCAGGUUGAAUAUGCUAUGGAAGCUAUCAGUCACGCUGGCACAUCGCUUGGCAUUCUUGCAACUGACGGCAUCUUGCUGGCAGCGGAACGUAGAAACACCAACAAACUCCUUGAUGAAGUGUUCUUCUCUGAAAAGAUAUACAAGUUAAAUGAUGAUAUGGUGUGCUCUGUGGCUGGGAUCACAUCUGAUGCCAAUGUGUUGACUAAUGAGCUGCGGUUGAUUGCUCAGAGGUAUUUGCUGCAAUACGGAGAGUCCAUACCUUGUGAACAACUUGUGUCCUGGCUCUGUGAUGUUAAACAGGCUUAUACACAGUAUGGAGGUAAGAGGCCCUUUGGAGUGUCCAUUCUAUACAUGGGCUGGGAUAAACACUAUGGCUAUCAACUGUACCAGUCUGAUCCCAGUGGCAACUAUGGUGGUUGGAAAGCCACUUGCAUAGGAAAUAAUAGUGCGGCUGCAGUAUCAAGUCUGAAACAGGAAUACAAAGAAAAUGAGACAACAUUGGCUGAAGCACAGGCUUUGGCCAUCAAGGUUCUCAGCAAGACUUUAGAUAUGACCAAACUCACUCCAGAGAAAGUGGAAAUGGCUACUCUCACACGUAAAGACAAUAAAACUAUCAUCAGAGUACUUGCAAGCAGUGAAGUUGAAAAAUUGAUUGCAACCUUCGAGAAGAGUGAAGCUGAGGCAGAGGCUGCCAAGAAACAGGCAACCAAAUCGUAAUUUUGUAUCAUUGGAUUUAAGGUUCUAUUAAUUGCACAUUAAAUAUUUUACACUAAA